AAAUUCGAACAGUAGGUAUUUACAAAAUGAAACUUUUAGUUUUGGCACUGUGUGUUGCCUCUGUGGCAGCCACAAUUGAUUGGGAUACUAUUGUUCCAGAAGAUGGUGAUGAUCAAAAAAGUUUAAACCUUCCAGAAGAACCAAAAGAAGAGGGUCGUAUUGCUAAUGGAAAUCUUGCACAACCUAAGCAAUUCCCUUAUCAAGUUGGAUUGAUGGUACACUUGCAGAAAAAAAAUGCCUUGUGUGGUGGUACUUUAAUUUCUAACCAAUGGGUACUGACUGCUGCUCAUUGUACUGAUUCAAUUGACUCUGCUGACGUUUACCUUGGAGCUUUUGAUCGUACCAAUCGUAAGGAACAGGGACAACAAGUUAUUCGCGUUACUAAAAAGGAUAUAAUUAUCCAUGAGCAUUGGAAUCCAGUUUCGGUUCAAAAUGAUAUUUCAUUGAUUAAAUUGCCUAAACCCAUAGAAUUCAAUGAAUACAUUCAACCCGCUCAGUUGCCAAAAUUCAGUGUAUUUUUUUCAAGCUAUUCUGGAGUAAAUGCCAUUGCUUCAGGUUGGGGACGAACCGGUGAUUCUGCCACAAGUUCAACUGAUAAGCUUCAAUGGGUUCAAGUUCCAAUAAUGGACAACUCAGAUUGUUUAACCUACUUUGGAGGAUCAGUCAGGGAUACGAAUAUUUGUAUUAACACCGCGGGACAUAAAUCCACUUGCAAUGGUGAUUCUGGUGGUCCAUUAGUAUUGGCUGAUAAUAGUAACACAAUAAUUGGAUUAACAUCAUUUGGUGUUAAGUAUGGAUGUGAAGUUGGAUGGCCAUCUGUGUUUACACGAGUAACUUCUUAUUUGAGUUGGAUAUUUAUCAAUACUGGAAUUUAUAACGCUUAAGAAAUAAAAAAAUUGUUUUGACAUCUUUGGAAGCACAUUUUGAAUAAAACAAUGGAAAAUAUAGAAAAUGUGCACAUACAAUAUGUAUUUGAACUACAAUCAGUUAAUGUUAUUUCGUUUUAACAAAAUAAGAAUCGAAUUGAAUUGUAUGUUUGUUGA